ACGAGGUUGAUAAACAUCCACGUAUUUGUCAUUUUCGCAAGACUGUAAGUAACUGUAGCUUAUGUCUACAAAAUAACAUUAAAAUGCAACCAGGAAACAACCCAAUGCCACUACAAGACGACCAAGUCUCUUGGUGGUUCAAACUCUUAGCUAGAGGUCUCGGAACUGUCGGUGGAAUAGUGGCAAUGAUACUGGGUAUCGUUCGAUGUUUAACAUUCACCCCUCUGUGUCUAGUAGGUGGAAUACUGGAACUGUUCCUAGGCUUCAUGGUUGUUGUGUUAGAGGCCCCAUGUUGCUGUCCGUUCCUGGACUUCAUUGACAAGAUUGGAAAAUUCUCAGAGUCUCGGCCAUUUUGGCAGAAAGGUGCUUUAUAUACAGUUUCAUCCCUUCUACCAAUUAUACUGUGUUUUUCAACAACCACUGUCCUGGGCAGCGCCCUUGUGUUUGGGACUGGAGUUCUAUACGGGAUGAUGGCGCUGGGUAAAAAGGCCAGUAGACAGGAGAUGCUGGCGAGGGUGAGGUCUCAAGACAGUCUGGAGAUGAACGCUGGCCUGGUCAGCCAUGAACAGGUCAACCUCCAUGUGCCCAACUCUCCUAUCAAGUGACCAACUCUCCUAUCAAGUGACCAACUCUCCUAUCAAGUGACCAACUCUAUAUCAAGUGGCCUACUCUAUAUCAAGUGAACAUUACGUUGAGAAAAAUGCUCUCAUAGUUCUCUUAUGUUUGUUCAACACUUUGACCAUUCCUUGUUGAAUUCUGUGUUGAUUUUGGACACACUAUGUAAAUGUAAGGGAUAAGCAGAUGCUACUGAAACAUGGCUUAUUAUUAUUGGAGGAUUUCCAGACUAGAGUGACUGUGUGUUACAUUUUUAAUAUACCACUUUGUGUGGAGAUAUUCAGCGUUAGGAAUAAAUUUUCAGAAACUGUAAAUCCAUUAAAAAUUCUUUGUACACUUGAUUUUGAUGGGUAAAAACAAUUUUUGUGAUAAAAUUACAAUAGCUUCUAAAUAAAUUAGUCAUACUGCUUCGUAUUUAAUAUUGUAUAUUAAACCAUUUAGGUACUUUUGAAUUUCUAUUUUAUGUGAAAUUUUGUUUGAACGGAAAAUAGUUAUUCAUUUGGAAUAAAUAAACAUUUCUAUGAUCUAAGUUUAUUCAGGUUCACUUUGUUAAUUUAUCAGAAUAGAUGUAAGAAUGACAAUUUAUCAGAUCUUAUUUUACUAAUAUUCUGAAUGUGAACUUGUUUAUUUAUAAGGAAUAUAUGUUUCAUAUGAUGUCCACAUUUGGGUUGUACAAAAAAUGAACUGCUGAGAAGGUUAAUCAAGAGUCUGUUAGAUUCAUUAUACCUAUCUUAAAUAGUAUGAGGCUUAGUGUUAGUAUAUAUAUAUAUAUAUGCCAAAUUGUAAGUACAUAUUGUAUUUCAUGUUAUGCUAUGUUAUCCAUGUUUGUUGGCUUUCCAUUGUUGACAUUGAGUGGUUCUUUAUCAGAUGAAUACAUAUGCUUUAUAUUCAUGCUUUAGUCCUAAGAUCUGUAAUGAUUUUAAGCUCAUCAGAGAAUACAGUGCUCAAGGUGAAAAUAUUGUCAUCAUGCCCAGUGUAUUGUGGUUAGCCAUGUGUACAUUUUAACAGUUUUUAUACAUAUAGGAUCUGGCGAGUUGUCAUAUCAUACCAUAUUUUAUUCAACGAGUUCGGAUUUUUGUUAGUUAGUGAGCCUUUGGCGAGCUUACUAACGAAUUUCCUGGACGAGUUUAAUAAAAUAUGGUAUGAAAUUACGAGUGUCAGAUUUUUUUUAUCACAUGCUUUUAAAUGAGCAAAUUAAAUAAAUAUGUACGCAAACAAAAUGAUAAAUCCCGAAUGUUGUUUACAUUUCGUGACGUCAUUUGACAUUGCAACGUCAAUUCAGCAAAAUAGCAAAAUGAGAUUGGUCAAUCAAACGAAAAUAAGCCAAUGAAAAUGCUUAAAAAGUAUAUUACACACGUGUAAGAUAAAUAUAUUCGUAAUGGUUAUAUUACAUGGGAAACAGGGUAUGGCAUGUGAUAAAUGAAUUUAUGCGUAUGCAACAAAAUUUAACUGUAUUGUUUAUGUCAGAUGGGUCCAAUAAGAUUAUCCUGUAUGUCCAAUUCAUCAUGCGCGUUCAGACAUUGUUUUAAUUGCAUUACAAUAACAUAAUGACAGAAAAACACAUUUGGCUAUGAAUAAUCUAAAAAUGUUGAGUCAAAUUCCAUGUGAGUAUUUCUUAAGAAAUGUCAAUUAUGCAAUGAUGUUUGUUUUGCAAUAAGAUUAGGUGUGUAUUCAAAUUAUUGUUAUUAUAUUUUAGAUAAAGAAAUUUCUUAAUUAACAUUCAUCAUACACAACUAGAUCCUAUGCCACAAUAUUUACUGAUAUACUGUCUGAUUUUAUAUGUUGACAGAAUUGUGUUAAAUUUCCUGCCAGGUUGUCAUAGAAAUAUAAGUGUGUUACUAAGUUUAAUCAUGAGAGCUUAGUUGGUUAUAAGAGUCCAUUGAGAAUAAAUAAAGUAUAUCAUUUAUGUCGGGAGUGGGGAAACUUUUGCGAACAAAAGAUAGCUGAAAUCCAUAUGUUUAAUAGUUCAUUAAUAGCUUUAUGUGAUAUCUUUGUUUUCAGAGUUUACAUUAUUAAUAUAAAAUAGUAAUAUGUGUAAGGUAUUUGAUUCAUUACAAGACUUAACACGUGUACAUGUAUGUAUAAGCUGAUAUGUAAUGAAGCUUUUCAUUAUCUUAAAGUUCUAAUGUGCGCCUGAAAAGGGUAGAUAUUAAAGGCGUCAUAUGUGUGUCUUUCCGUCUGUCUGUCUGUCUCGCUUCUUGUGUAAAGCAAAUCUCAGGAACUAUUGAAGGGAUUCAAUUUGAACUUCAUACUAUGAUAAGGGCUCUAAGGGAAAGUUCAGAGUAAAAGGAAAAUAAAUCUUUUUGGGAUGUAGAGAGUUAUUGCCCUUAAGUAAAUUAUGUUUGGCAUCAGUCACUUAGUUUAAGGUAUUAAGUAACACUUAAGACAUUCAUAGAGAUGACCUUACAAGUACAAGUACCUCAACUAUUUGUCAGAUUUUUUGGAGUUAUUUCACUUAGCAUAUUUAUGUAACGUCUGUUUUGUGUGUGGAUCACAAACUGUUCUAGUAUUGAAGAUAUUUAAAUGAAUCUUCAUAUAAUGAUAUAUGGCAGUGUUAAUUGAUUCUAAGAGAUGUUAAUACAUAAAUCCAUUUUUAUAUUCCCCGAGGGUGGCAUAUAGUUUUUUUAAAUUUCAUCAGUAUGUCCGUCUGUCUGUCCAUCACUCAGUCUUUCCCUCCGUCCGAAAACUUUAACAUUUCCCAUAACUUUUGCAAUAUUGAAGAUAGCAAGUGUAUAUUUGGCAUGCAUGUGUAUCUCAUGGAACUGCACAUUUUGAGUGGUGAAAGGUCAAGGUCAUCCUUCAAGGUCAAAUAUAUGGCUUCAAAGCAGUGCAGUAGGGGGCAUUGUGUUUCUGACAAACACAUCUCUUGUUGUUAUUGUAUAAUUGUUCAAUACUUAACAAAAUUGACAAAUUAAUGCAAGGUGAACCACGCAACAGACACAAGAAGAACUGUCUUAAUUUAUUUAAACAUUAAAAUGUUAUAUACAUUCAAACUAAACUUAAGUUUCUUCUUUGGUUCAGUAUAUUUGCUUCUGUAUAAUUGUAUGUAUUACAUUGGCUUGUGUUGUGAAAGUUGAUAUGUCAAUAGGUUAGGUAAACAAUUAUCUCAGUUUUAUAAAAUUUACUUUUUUGGGGCUAGUGAAACCCCUGUAAAUAACAAUUAUUCAGUUGCUUCCUUCAUUAAAAGUCCAUACAAAAAGACUCCCAGAGCCUUUGAUAAUUUUUGCUAUGACGACUCUCAGCAACCCUUUGGGUUAUAAAGCUGAGAGUUGAAUUAUUGCAACUACUUUCAUUUAUAGAUAUUACUGAUUAAAUGUUCUUGGUGUUGUUCAAAAUAUAAAUUAUUUUCUUCAUAUCUCAUAUAUUUUUUUAAAGUUAUAAUGUUUUAACCAGACAAUAUUUCACACUGAAAUGCAAAUCAUGCAAUUGAAAAAAAAUAAAGCUUCCCAGUAAACUAAUCCAGAUAAAACAGACUUAAGAAAACUAAUAUUGAUGUCAUGUUUUUACU